AUGACGCUUAUGUGCCCGCAGUAUGUGCUAGGCCGUGAUGAACAGAUUUAUGAGCGUCCGAAGGAAUCCCUUCCCGAGCGCUGGCAUCUACACCCAGAAGUGGUAUCUACACCCAGAGAUGGCCCGUAUGGGUGCAUUGGAAAACCCCUGGCUUUGCUGACCCUCCGCAACACUUUGGUACGGCUGGUCACGAUGUUUGAUUUCGAGUUCGCACCGGGAGAGGAUGGGACGGCCUUUGAAGGGAAGGCGAAAGAUCGGUUUACAAUGGGUUAUGGAGAUUUGUAG